AUGAUAUUCGUCGACCCUGUUAUUGUUCUACUAGAGAGAGGUUUGCAUGAUCUGGACCGUCGAGGCUUCAAUCUCGUCCGAUGGGCUACCGGCCGCGUUUCCAGAUACUAUACCUUACAUGGCCGAUGGACUGAAGAUCAGUUUGAAUGGCAGGAGUGCAGGCUUCCAGAUGAGGGGAUUAUCGAAGAGUAUCAAAGUGGAUCUGUGGCCUGUGGCAACGGCUUUAUUAGCCUCUGCAACAUCCGAUCGAGGGGAGAGUGGGCAGCCCACAAGGCUCAUCUUCAAGAGAAAUAUGACAAGGCUGCUCGCCAUGCAGCAGAUGACUUCCACAGAAGGAGACAUUGCAGAGUCUAUAAACCUUCUUUGCUGAGCCAGUCGAUAAGCCAGAGAGAUGUGGAGUGUACUGCAGGUGAGACAGUUGCUUUCUAUCAGAAGGGUUUCAUGCUGAUUUAUGACCUUACAGAAGACCAUAUAGAGACGCUCAGCGAUAGCUCAAGCCGUGAGCAAGAGUACAGCGGGAUUUACAUUAACUCUCGAGAGAGCAUUGAGGGAUACUGCGACGAAUGUGUGGAGAUGGUUGCCAACGACCGUAGGGAAGGAAGACAACAAAGAAGACCCCGGUGUUUCGGAAUCCAUUCCGCAGCCGAUCGUACUACACAGAUGUACGAAAACUGGCAGGCUAUUAUCACAUCCCAGCAUGGAACGGAAUCAACCGACACCUGGGAAGCCCUUAGCAGGACGCCAAACGGCGGUCGAAAAGUCGCCUCUAGGAAGAAGAGCCGCCUUGGUCGCUGGAAGCAUAAUUUAAAUGCCUGGGAAGUGACAUUGAAGAGAAUGAUGGUCCAACGCGGUCGGUCGAUAUGUACAAACGCUCAGAAGGUGUUUCGGAAAAGGGGUUUCUCGCGUUAA